ACGCAAGCAUUAUUUGUGUUUAGACCGAUAGAAAGCUAAGCUAAGCUAGUUAGCUGUUAACUAACAAGAAGUUGGUCACUAUGUCUGAUUUGAUUAAACUUUUAGAUGGAGGUGAUGAACCCAGAAUCGGUAUUUAUACCAUACCUGUCUUCAAAACAUCCAACGAAAUCAAGCCUCAUCAUUUAGCUAGGGGAGGCGAUGGGAUUGAAGAAAAUAUCUCUCCGUUCACUUUUACACCUCAAAGAAUUCGUUUAGACAAAGAUGAUGAAUCGUUUGAAGAUGGCGAUGUGCAUCGGCAUUUGUACUUGCAGGAUCUCGCAGCAACUCUUGCAGAAGAUUUCCAGGCACCAAAAGUUUCAGAGUUCAAGUGUCAUAUUGCAGGCUGCAGGCAGUUAUUUGACACUCUUGAAGGAUAUGAACACCAUUACAAUUCACUCCAUCGUCACGUAUGCUCCAGCUGCAAGCGUUCCUUUCCAUCAAACCAUUUGCUGGAUAUACACAUACUGGAAUGGCACGACGCUCUCUUUCAGGUCAUGGCAGAGAAACAAUGCAUGUAUCAGUGUUUGGUUGAGGGAUGUGGACUAAAAUUCAGAACCAGCAAAGAGAGGAAAGAUCAUCUCAUCAAAACUCACAGCUAUCCAUCAGACUUCAGAUUUGACAAAUCAAAGAAUAAAAGCAGAAUAAAAGAGAAGACUCCUCAGCAAAAGGACGUGUGCAUGGUGGAUCCUAGCAGUGUGCUUAGUGGAGAACUAGAGAAUAGUAACUCAAUGGACAUUUCUCUUCCCCAAAUGUCGGAAAAUAAGGAGCUGGUGCUUCCCAAACAACAAAAGCCACAUUAUUCAUAUAAGGUGCCAUCCUCAGUUUGCUUUGGCCAAGGCUCAGUCAGAGGCUUCAGAGGUGGUAGGAGGAAGAAGUAGGCGAAGUCUUUUAUUUGUUACACAGUUAUUCUAUAACUCUAUGCCUAUUGUGGAGGCAGUGUAUUUUCAAUAAAAAUGGAAGAAUUUAAAAUUA